CCGCUUCCGGCGGCGCCGUUCCUGUCUCGGCAGACGUGGCCUUCCGGUCCUUGAGUCCGAGCAGAGACCCCGGCUGCCGGCAGGAUGGAGCUGGAGGCCAUGAGCAGAUACACGAGCCCGGUGAACCCGGCAGUGUUUCCGCAUCUCACCGUGGUGCUGCUGGCCAUCGGCAUGUUCUUCACUGCCUGGUUCUUCGUCUACGAGGUCACCUCCACCAAGUACACCCGCGACAUCUACAAGGAGCUGCUCAUCUCCCUGGUGGCCUCGCUCUUCAUGGGCUUCGGGGUCCUCUUCCUGCUGCUCUGGGUCGGCAUAUACGUGUGAGGGGCUUGCGGUUCUGUCUGCAUGAAAUCACUGAUGUCCUGCCUUUUGUUUCCCUGACAAUUUUUGUACUGUUGCUAAACACAAAUUUCCACUGACUUCUAAUAAAUGGAGGUGUGUUUGCCUUUGUAAAUAA